AUGUGGGUCGUGUAUGGCUGCAUCCAGAUCAACCAGUUAUUGUUAGAACCCCCUGCUCGUCAGCAAUUGGCUGUUCACUUUCGGGUUCAUGGUGGACCGGUUUCCUGCUCCGAACAUCAAUCAGAUCCGUUUACUUCCAGCGGUGUCUCUGAGGCCGGAUCCACAAUUCAUUCCUCCAACAAGACAAAUCACUCAGAUGGUCCCAUCGUCAUCCUGCCUGAACUGAUCUCCCAAAAUUGGGAGCGCGCUCAUCUUGCUGCUUCGAGUUCUGGAUCCACGGCAUCUUCGAUGUCUAGUCCUGCUUCUUUUCAGCUUCAUGCUUUGGCCCCAAGUCUGAGCGUUUCUAGAGCCUCGGCUGUAAAAACUGCCUCUUCAUCAUUUUCUAACCUUACGUCGAUUCCUCCUCCGCCUUCAGAUACAAUACCAGCCGAGAGCAGUUGUAAAUCUGAUACAAAGUCAUUUAUUUCAUCUGAGGCAGAAAAGACUGUAUUUGCUGAUAUACAAGAGGAUGAGACGAAACUAUCUCAAGUAAGUUUAUCAAAGCCUCCGAUUUCUGAACCGGAAUCUUCACCACUGUUUAUUGUAGCAAUUGUGUUGCUAGGCCUUAAUAAGAGAAAAAGGGCGUGA